AUGACAAAUCAAGUCUUUUCUGAUCAUCAGAACCCUAACAAUAACUAUCUAUUAACAAAUACAAAUAGAAGUCAAUAUUCUACUAAUAGCGGUAGUAGUUAUUAUUCUCCUACUACAACUACUAAUAAUAAUAAUAAUAAUAAUUACAGUACAAGUCCGUCAUCUUCAAUUGUAACUCGGCAUGGAUUCAUAGGAAGACCCAAAUUAACUACAACGCUAUGGGAAGAUGAAGGUACUAUUUGUUAUCAAGUAGAUGCAAAUGGUAUUUGUGUGGCAAGACGUCAAGAUAAUGAUAUGAUUAAUGGUACCAAGCUAUUAAAUGUAGCUGGUAUGUCUCGUGGUAAACGUGAUGGAAUUCUCAAAAAUGAAAAAGGUCGUGUGGUUAUAAAGAUUGGUGCAAUGCAUCUAAAGGGUGUUUGGAUUUCGUUUGAUAGAGCUAAAAUACUGUCUGCACAAUAUAAGAUUCAAGAUUUACUCUAUCCUUUAUUUGUAGACGAUCCUACCUCUUUUCUUUAUACCAGUAGUAGCUCUUUACAUGGAAAUCGAACCAAUUAUGGAAAUUUAUAUAAUAAUAAUAAUAAUAAUAAUAAUAAUAGGCCUUAUUAUGGCUUAUCAACCUCUCUUUGGGAUCGUCCUUCUCAAGAUUUAACUUCAAAUACACAGACAGGUAUAAGUUAA